CUAGCGCAAGCACAGAACACGCCUCUCGCUAAGGCCUAGGGUAUUCCGUUAGGUGACUAAAUUGGCCCAGACUUACCCGCUAGCGGACGGAAUCGCCGGCAAACUACCCGUUAGCAUACGGAUUCCAGAGACUAGAACUGCCGGCUUAACCCCGUGUUUUCCGCAACCGCACGCUAACGCCAUGGCGGGAGUCAAGCGGGCUCGGCGCGCAGCGGUGGGGUCGCGGUCGCCGUCGCCCGAGAUGGACGCUGUGUACUACAACCUGCUGCUCGCUGCGCUGCGCGCCCGCCAGGACGCGGGCGUUGCCUUCUACGGCGCGUUCGUCGCGGACCCCGAGCCCGUGCCGCCCGCCCUCUACGCGCACUGGGUGCCGCCGCCCGGGUCGUUCGCCGUGCAGCGCGGCGACGGCGACGAAGACGACGAGCGACGCUGGGACGAGGACGACGCGGGGAGGGACGGCGAGGAAGACACGGACGCGGACGCGGGGGAGCACGCCGGGUCGGAGGGCGAGGGGGGAGCGGAAGGCGCAUCGGCGGAAGCGGUGGUCGCGCGCAGGGGCCCAGGCAGGCCGCGAUCGGCGCGGAGCCGGCCGUCCGCCGCAGCAGGGGGGGCAGGGGGGGGCGGGGAGAGCGCGGAGUUGGCGAGCGAGGAGACGAUGAUGCCAGCGUGGCUGCAGGAGCUGAUCGCCGCGGACGCGGAGGAGGGCGCGCAGCAGCGGGGCGAGGGCGAGCAGGGGGAGCGGCAGGGCGGGGCGGCGCAGGACGCGCCGGCCUUCCCCGUGGUGGACGGCAGCUCGACCCGUGGGUCGUUCCCCGCCGCCGUGGCCGCCGUGCGAUUCGUGGAGAAAGCCAGGCGCCGCCUGGGGGGCGUGCCCGGGCCCACGGGGGAGGUGGAGGGGGGUGGCGGGGUGGGCGGGGAGGGGGAGGUGUGGAAGGACAGGCUGGCGGUGGAGAUGAUGAUGUCAGCGCUCGGCGUGAAGGGCACGCUGGGGGCGCGGGAGGGCAGCGGGGAGCGGAUCGAGCGGUGGACGCCCACUGAGGACGCGGUCCUGCUGGUGGGGCGCGUGCUGUUCGGCACGCGGUGGGUCAGCAUCGAGCGCAUCCUCCCUGGCAGGUCCAUCCAGGCCAUCAAGACGCGCUGGCUCAACUACCUCAAGGGUCUCUUCCGCCGCCACCGCUGGUGCACCACCGCCCUCGCCCCGCCGCUCUCCAAGGACGCCGCCGCCUUCCUCCCCCCACCACCCUCGCCGCUGCCCACCCCUCCCCCCGCCCCCGCCACCUCAGCUGCCGCUGAUUCUGGCUCAGCAGAGCGACGCGCCUCAACCCCUCCGCCCUCCGCUGCUGCCACUCCUGCCCCCCACGCCCGCCUCUCCCUCUCCCUGCCUGCCCCUGCCGCUGCUUCAACGCCUCGCCCCACUGCCUCCGCCCCCCAUGCCCCUCCCACUGCUCCCCACUCCUCCCUCCCCGCCUCUGCCAAUGCGCGUUCCUCCGCUGCCGUUGCCACCCCCCCUCCAUCCGCCCGCGCCCCCCAUCCUCCCCAGCCGCUAGCCCCUCUCAUGCCGUCAGCGCCUGAGAGGACUCCAGGCAGGCCGCUCCUCAGCAUGCCUGCUGCCGCACCACCAGCAGCAGCAGCAGCAGCAGGUGGCAGUGCAGGGGGAGCAGGAGGGCCAUCAGGUGCUGCGUCAGGUGGUCGCCCAGGUGGUGGCAUGGUGGCAUCAGGAGUGUCGUCCACACCAACCAAGCGAUCCCGAUCCCAGCCGCAGUCCCAGGCGCAGUCCCAACCGCAGUCCCAUUCCCAGCAGUCCCAACCGCAGUCCCAUUCCCAGCAGUCCCAGUCCCCAGCUGCACACGCCUCACGCCCCUCUCUCCCUGCCAGCAACCCCCCUGCCUCCCGUCCGCCCUCCUCUGCCGCAGCAGGGCCUCCAGAGGAGGUGGGCAAGGAGGAGCGCGUGCGGCGCCACGAGCGCUACCUCACGUGCCUCAUGCUGCACGCUGAGAAGGGCCCGCCGCCUGCCGCCCUCUCCGCCACGCACGAGCUCUACUGCUUCGCCUGCAAGUCUCCCGAGGGACAGCUGUCGCCUUGCUAUUGGUCGGAAGAGGCUGUGGCGGCCACAGCGGCGGAGUGGGGCGGGGGAGGGGGGGCGGUGGUGGGGCUGAUACCGUGUGGCAAGGCGUACCAUGCGAGAUGUGUCAAUGCGCCAGUCAAGGAUGGCUGCCCGUUCAUCUGCCCGAGGCAUCAGUGCAAGCAGCGUGGGUGCCGUGCCAGCGUGGCCGCUGUGUGCCGCAGCUGUCCCUCCUCCUGGUGCUCUCUCCAUGUGCCGCCCGCCUCUGUCGACUGCGAGCCCUCGUUUCUGAGAAGGUUCCAAGUCAGACCUCAAGUCCGCAUUGCCAUAUGCCCUUCGUGCCAGGAGGUGGAGCAGAGAGUGCCCUACCUCGGCCACAGCACGCAGGGGGGCGUGGGGACCGCAGGCGCUGCUGCUGUGGCGGCAGCAGGUGACGGG